AUGUCUUCAACCACAGAGAUGACAGCCACUACAAAGAUCACUCCUGAGGUCCUUCAUGAACUCCUGCAGUAUUAUAACCUCACUCGUCAGGAAUUCAUCAACACCUACAACAUUCAGCCGCUGGUUUACAUCCCAGAACUCCCCACUGGAGCUAAAAGCACGUUCGUGGUCAUGUAUGUGAUUAUUUUCGUGCUGGCGCUGGUGGGAAACAGUUUGGUGGUUUAUACUGUGGUGCGCAAACGCGCAAUGCGAACAGCCACUAACAUCUUCAUCUGUUCUCUGGCUGUGAGUGAUCUGCUCAUCACUUUCUUCUGCAUCCCGUUCACACUGCUGCAGAACAUCUCUUCAGAGUGGCUGGGAGGUGUUCUAGUAUGUAAGACAGUUCCUUUUGUACAGACUACUGCCAUCGUGACUGGAAUCCUCACCAUGACCUGUAUCGCCAUCGAGAGAUACCAGGGCAUCGUUUAUCCACUCAAACUGAAAAGGCAGUACACUCCGAAACGAGCCUACAAAAUGUUAGGACUGGUGUGGAUAGCUGCUGUCAUGGUGGGAUCGCCAAUGCUAUUUGUGCAACAGUUAGAGGUAAAGUAUGACUUCCUGUACGACCAUCAUCACGUGUGCUGUCAGGAGCGCUGGCAUUCUCUGGUCCACCGACAGGUUUACACCACCUUUAUCAUGGUGGCCCUGUUUCUGCUUCCGCUGGUCGCGAUGCUUUUACUCUACAGUCGCAUCGGGAUCGAACUCUGGAUACGCAAACGUGUGGGAGACUCUUCUGUCCUGAGCACCAUGAACCAUAGAGAGAUCAACAAAAUAUCUAGGAAGAAGAAACGUGCUGUUAAAAUGAUGAUCGCAAUCGUCCUGUUGUUCACUAUCUGCUGGGCGCCGUUUCAUAUUGUGCACAUGCUAUUUGAAUACAAUGAUCUGGAGAAGAACUACAACGAGGUCACCGUGAACAUGAUAAUCGCCGUGGUACAGGCCAUCGGUUUCUCCAACUCUUUUAACAAUCCCAUCGUUUACGCCUUCAUGAAUGAAAACUUUAAGAAGAGCUGUGUUGCCACUCUGUCAGCUUACCUGCGGCAACCUGGCCUCCAGGGCGGCGCCGUCGAGAGACCAAACAUCAGCGUGCACUUCUCCAGACAUCUCAAAACGGAAGCAUUCAGUAGCAACAUGACCAGCGGAAACAACGCUAAUCUUCACACACCUCAGAACCUCAGAGUGUUGUCGUCAUCACACGGCAAUCUGGAGAUAUCGACAGCAUUCGCGGAGCAGAAAGUCAACACCGAUACCUCCCAGCUACCUUCUAGCAGCUCCUGCGUCAAAUAA